AUGGUUUUUCUAACAACCAAAGUGAUGCAAAGGACUGCACUCUUUGUGACGUUUGGGGGUUUGGUCACUUCUCUGAUCACCACCUUCCUGCCAUUUUGGAAGACGAUGAACUCCGACCUGAACGAAGUGGAGAACUGGUUUUCUGGACUGUGGCACACCUGCCUCUACACGGAGGAGGUGGGAAUUCAGUGUAAGGCCUACGACUCCAUCAUGGGGCUGCCGAUGGACCUGCAGAUCUCCAGGGUGCUCAUGUCGGUGUCCAUAGUCACUGGAUGUUUGGCUGUCCUGGCUGCCUUCCCAGGACUGGAGGGGGUGGACAUGUGUGUUGGGCUGCCCAGCAUGAAGAGACUGUUCCUCGUCUUCAGCGGGGUGCUCUCCUGGUUGUCCGGACUCACCACUCUGGCUCCCGUCUCUUUUGUGGCCUACACAACUGUGGUGGAGUUCUGGGACGAGGGUUUUCCUGAUGUGAUGCCACGCUGGGAGUACGGAGAGGCGAUGUUCUCUGGAUGGUUUGGAGGUCUUGCUCUGAUCAUCGGAGGGACUCUGUUCUUUGUGGCUGUGUGCAUGGGGGACUAUGAACAGAUACCACAAAGUGAGCCACGCAGCCCGCAGGCGAAGCACAGGACAAAGCACUACCAGAAGACAGAGGUUUUAUAG